AAGAAAAUUAUUAUCAAAGAAUAUCGUUUGACUGAUUUAUUCGUAUGAAUUAUACUAGCUAUCAAGUUACUCGAGAUUUACAUACAUUUUAUCAGUUAUUUCCUUCGCUGGUGGAUACAUCACGCUUAAGCAUGAACAUAUAUUUAUAAGAAUGUAUAUAAAGUAGUCGUAGAUUAAAAAUAAUAUACGCGACAUGGCCUCUAGAACAAUGCGCGAUAACUCUCUUCCGUGAACGCGAUUUGCUCACCUACCAACAUUUGCUAUGCAACCGAGGUGACCUCCGUUUUCCGUUUCUUCUAUUUCCUUAUCUCUCUCUCCCCUUUCCCCUCUCUCCUCUUUCCCUCCUCUUAUCUCAUCACUUCUCUUUCUCUCCACGGAAAACUUAGCAUAAUCGGAAAACCUCAGAGUAAGAUCUUUACAACUAGAUGCGUAUAAUAAACUUGCCUUGUAACGACUUAAAACAAAAGAAAGAAAGAAAGAAAGAAAGAAAGACAGAAAAAAUAAAAAGAAAAGAAAACAAAUAAAAUAAUAGUAAUAAUAUUAAUAAUAAUAAAUAAUAAAUAAUAAGAAUAAUAAUAAUAAUAAUUUAUUCCGAUUAACAUUCACGAAUUACGAAAGUUAAAAUUCAUUUUAAUUCUUAUCUUCGACUUUAUCAUUUACUAAAUCCACGUUUGCAUAUUUAAUUAUAAUUCGAUAAAAUUCAUUCUUCCCAUCUCUCUCUUUCUUUCUCGACUUUCUUUUUAUUUGAACUCAUUACGCAAACCGUACAAUCCAUAAAAAUUCUAUGUCUGUUUAAUUCUACGAAAUCUAUUUAUACAGAGUAAUUAUACGAACGAAGAGAUCGUGCGCCAUUCCUGUUUUCGUUCUUAUUCGUCUUCACAUUGUUAGAGGGAUACUAGUGAUGGUGAUUGUAAUGGUGAUGGUGAUGGUAAUGAUGAUGGUGAUGGUGAUGGUGAUGGUGAUGGUGAUGGUGAUGGUGAUGGUGAUGGUGAUAGUGAUAGUGAUGGUAAUGGUAAUGGUGAUAGUGAUGGCGUUGAGAGAUAGGUGGGAAGAAAGGAGGGAAGUACACACAUGAGUCGAACAUGACGAAGACGAUUAACCGUUUUUAGUUUUACGGUUGAUCAUAAAUUUCCUAUCGGUUAGGUUAAUGGUCUCGAUAAUGAAAAAUAUGUGUGACAAUCUCGUACGAACCGUGUUAAUAUUAGCGACGAUUUAUCGUCCUUCUCUUUGAGUUUAUUACCUGUUACAUCUCCCCCCUCUACCCCCCUCUUCACUUCCACUAUCACCACCACCCCAUAUCUGAAAAAGAAAGUUCGUCGAAGAAAUGAGCGGAGUUAGUUCCUCGAUCUUCACAGAACACAUUGGAUCUGUUCACGCGCAUCAGACGAAUAACCAUCAGCAUCAACAUCUUCAACAACAACAGCAACAGCAACAACAGCAACAGCAACAACAGCAGCAACAAACGCAGCAGUCUUUGCAACAACAACAAACGUCGAGCCAAUCGCAAGUGCCUGGUGGGGGAGGGGGUGGAGGGCCGGGGGGUGGGACGGUGGCCAGGGCCGGAGGAAUGUUCUGCUACCACUGCCCCCCUGGUCUUCCGGCACCAAGGCUUCCACCGUCUUUGGAGUAUCCCUUCGCGCCGACUCACCCUUAUACAAGUUAUUCGGCUUAUCAUCCGGCCUUGCACGGCGUCGGCGAGGAUUCCUUCGUAAGAAGGAAACAACGAAGAAAUCGUACGACCUUCACGCUCCAACAAUUGGAGGAACUCGAAUCAGCGUUCGCACAGACACAUUAUCCUGACGUCUUUACAAGGGAGGAUCUAGCUAUGAAGAUCAACCUUACGGAGGCCAGAGUUCAGGUUUGGUUUCAAAAUCGUCGUGCAAAAUGGCGGAAAAGCGAGCGGCUGAAAGAGGAACAGCGAAAGCGAGAAGGUGGAAGUGGUGCUGGUGGAGGAACGGGUGGUGGUGGUGGCGGGGGAGGAGGAGGAGGAGGAGUAGGAGGAGGAGGAGGUACUGGAAGCGGCGUAGGCUUGGAAACUUCAGGAUUGGCACCACCAACUUCCUCGUCCGCUGGUCCUAGUCCAACUGGUCACGAUCCUGAAGGUACUACGAGCAGCAGUGCUGCCGAUGCCGAGGACGUUGGUCCAGAGGGUGCAGGUGGUUCGAGAAGCCCAAGUACGACAUCCGCCUCUGUCAGUCCAAGGCCCCAGCCGAGUCAGCCGUCCCUGGGUGGUGUCUCGACGCCACCACCGACCCCGAUAAGGGCGCCGCCACCACCGCCGAGCACCGUAGGGGGCUUGGGACCACCCGCUGAGAGCACUCCCGGAUUAGGAGCAGGCUUUAGGCCAGUGGAACCACCGACGUCGCUCUUCUUUUCGCCGCAUUUGGCUGCACAAUUUUCACCGCCGCUAUUUGGUAGUAAGGUCGUCAGCAGCACGCCGACAUCAUUGUCCUCGACGACACCAUCACUUUGGAGUACGAGCGAUCAUCGACCUGGUAGCCUUCAAGAAAUGUUGUCUUGGUCACCGGCAGGCUGGCCGGGUUCCUUGUGUGGUUGCUGUAAACCCGGUACCGGUGAUCUUCAUCGUAGCAGCAGCCUAGCAGAAUUGAGAAGAAAAGCUCAGGAACACUCGACGGCCUCUGCGUUAUUAGGCGGUCUAGCAGGUUUUCCUGGUGGUUUGCCGUUACCCUUACAUCUACCAUUACUGCCACCGCUGUUAGGUCUCUCUAGAAGACCGGAGAAUCAUCAUCAUCAUUUACCAAGCGUCGCCCAUCAGAUUCAACCCACGACGAAAGAGGAUCCCUAGGAUCAAUCCGAUUGUAGAUCUUCGUUCAAAUCUAAUAUAUCUUAUCUAAGUUUCCUCGAUAGCUCGGACCAGAUUAGCGGUUCUCGGAUGAAUGUUGAUUUUUUCUUUUUCUUUUUGUUUUUUUUUUUCUAUUUUCUUUUUUUUUUUUCUUUUUCAUUCGAAAUCUUAUUAGACUUUCGUAAAAGUACGAAUAAAUUAAAUAAGUUUAACGUUGGUAAACAUUUCUGAUUGUUCGAGAUACUUUUUAAAAUCACGCUCGAGAUUUAUUAUAUUAUAUAAAAUAGCAUCGAUUUGUAUUUAUCCUCGUCCCUCGUGAAUCAGCCCCCCCAUCCAUCCACCACCCUUAUUUUAUCUUCUAUUAGCGUAUUAUUUUCGUUCCUUUUUCUCGUUAAUUACAAACGUAGAUGAUGCAUUGUUAAAAGUUAUUAUAGAUUAGCUGCGAAAUGAACGACGAGAAACCCCCCCCAACGAUUUUGUGAUUUCGCGUCGUUCUGUAAUUACGUACUGUUGUAAACAUAGAUUUUUCUUUUCUUUUUCUUUUCUUUUUUUUUUGUUUUCUUAAAUAAAUAGAACUACUUGUUUUGCGUUGUUCUCACGGGAGGGAAAUUAUAAUAUACGAUUUUCAAUUCGAGCACGACAAUUCAAUAUUUUUGCGAUUAUACGCCAUUGUACUUUAAAUAAUUUCUGACGAUAGCGGAUUAACGGUAAGACGCGUAAGAUUAUGCCAGUUAAAGAUUGAACAUUUUUCUCCACAAAUUGUCCGUUUAAAUGAUCGGAUCAGAGUACUCGAGUCCUCUCAAAAAAAUUUGCAUCCUUUUUCAUUCUUCUUUUCUUAUUUAUUAUAUAUAUAUAUAUAUUCAGAAACAUGAUCAUGAUUCCUAUUUACUCGUGUCACCGUCCGCAACAAACAACAAUGAUACGUAUAUGAAGAUAAAUUAAAAGAAAAUAUCGUCUGAUGAAACGAUGAAAUAUCGUUUCGAGUUGUUUAUUUUUUUUUUUUUUUUUAAGACAUCGCAAAACCCAUUAAUGAUUGUAACGUUAAUAGGUAUGAGAAAGUAAUUCAUCGAUGCGACAUUACUAUACCUAAUUGUUAUACCUAAUUGUCACUUUAGCGCAAUCUAAUUUUUACGUAGUAACGUAAUAAAUAAUAAUAAUAAUAAU